AAGCUUCAAGUCUACUUAAGGCAACCGACUCGAACGGACGUGUGCACGAAACACAACACAAUCCAAUUUCGAUAUUCACAUACAGAGAAAAAUAAAUAAAUAUUGUUAUUGUGACAUCUACGGCCGAACAUAUUUUCAUUGGUUACGCGAUUCAUAUACAAAAAAAAUAUAUUUUUUUGUUCUUCCUUCAAAUAUUUGACCAUUCAAUCGAUCAAUCCUUUUUGCACGAUUCAUGUUCAUUCGAAUAUCCUGGACGUGUGUGCGACCAAGUGCUGCAGUUUCUCACCUGCACACAUAUUUUUAACUCAAUCAAUUUACAACUGAUUUCCGGCGAAAAUUUAACAUUGACUUGUAUAAUUAUAAUAGUGAAUUAUUAUUAAUUUUUUAGUUGUGCUGUUUUAAACGAAUUUAAUUUCAUUGAAAAGAAAAAUUCCACAUUGAAUAAUGAAUUUUUUGACAAAAUUAACCACAAAAUAAUCACAUUGAUAAGAUUUAUGAGAAUAUAAAUUGAGAGUAACUGAAAAAAAAAGAGAUUAUAAUUUGAUCGGAAAAAUACCGGCAUUUUUUUUUGUUGCCUGUCUACUGUGGCUUUGAAAUAGAAACAUUUUUUACAACAAAAAAAAAGAAGAAAAAAAUAAACGCAACACUAAUUUAGUGAGAAAUCGAUUAAAAUCAGAAAUAAUAUUGUCAAGUGUGAUCAUAUUUUGCAAAUUCACAAACUGUUCAAACAACUCUAAUUACUCAUCUGUCCUUCUGUGAAAUUCUCAUCACAAAACGAAAAUGGUUUUGGUAUUAAAUGGCGUUCUUCAAGAUGACUGUCCGUCCGACACAGUGUCAUUGUUCAUGCAACAUCCAGUAUACAGAGAUUAUGCCAAUCAAUUGGUAUCGAUACCAACGAAAACGAUCGGCCCAGUAGGUCUCUUAUAUGUAGGCCAAAGGGAAAUGGCAGCGGUUGCAACGCACGAUAAAAAUGUCAAUAUUAUUGGUUCAGAUGAUGCCACCACUUGUAUUAUAGUUGUAGUUAGACAUUCAGGUUCUGGUGCUGUUGCGCUGGCUCAUUUAGAUGGCAACGGAACGGAUGAGGCCGUUUCAACCAUGGUGCAUAGAGUUAAUGCAUUGGCAUUUGGUUAUCCAGAAGGUCGAAUAGAAUUGCAAUUGAUUGGCGGUUACAGAGACCAACCGGGUGGCUAUGCUGAAGACUUAUUUUAUACGAUAAUGCAGUCAUUUCAUAAACUACCAAUGGAAAUCGAUUUGACGCAAGCCUGUGUCGGCGAAUUGAAUACAAUUUUACGUGGUGAAACAAAUUGGCCAAUUAUUUAUGGUGUCGGUGUGAACAUAAAAACCGGUGAAAUAUUCCCAGCUUCGUUUCCAGACAAAGGUCCCGAUUUGCAAUUGCGCCAAGCACGAAAUUUUACUGGCGGCCAAACGGUUUUAGAUAUAUACGAUUCAACGGCCGGCAUGUUGCGCAUAGGACCAUUUAAUUAUGAUCCCAUCCGAGGAGUUGAUCUAUGGCUAGCUCAAAGUGAUGAAUUUUUAUUAACGCAUUUAUCAACCAGUCCAGAAGUGGAACCACCACAUUUCACGAAUCAGGUUCGGCUAACAUUGAAAUAUAUUCAAGAUAAUCAAUUUCCGGCGGUGACUGUAUUUCGUGAUAAUCGGCCACGUUAUUAUCAACGCGACGAUAUGACUGGCACCUGGACAUUAGUAAGAUUUUAAUUAAAACUAACAAUUAUCUCUCUUGUUUUUUGAUUGUGUGCUACGAGGACAAAAGCAAGAAUUUUGUUAUUAGUAUAAAUAUAUAUAUAAAAGAAACUCUGUGUAACGAAAAACAAUUCCGAAAUUCUCAGCUCAAUUUCAUUAAAGAAAAACAAACAGAAACAAAAUUCAAACAAUUAUAUAAUGGAAGAGGUCAAUAAAUAUCGCAAAAAUCAAUUAUAACAUGAAUGAAAAAAAUGCGUUUGUAUCAAAAUGAAUGCACUUUGUCUACUGUCCAUGUCAGGCCACAAUUUAUUACCGUUGCCAUCAAACUAUUCCAAAAUCGAUAAGUUUAGUAGAUCUAUGUCGAGCAAAAAAACAAACGAAAUCACAAAUUGCAUUCAAAACUCGAUUCACAAUGCAUUUUGAAGUUAAAAUGAUGAGAAAAAAUAGAAAAUUUCCGAUAAAAAAAAAAACAUAAUAUAUAAAUGUAUGUCAAAUCCAAUUGUUAUCAACAAAAAAUGAUAUUUUACGUUACUAUUUAAUUAUCGUUAAUCAUUUCUUUAUGAUGUGUUUUUUUUAUUAUGAUUAUUAUUAUUAUUAUAAAAAUAUGUUUUUGAGAAUUAGACGAAGAUUUGAAGUAUAAAAAGGUGAGAGCAUGCAAAACAAUGUGCGAAUUAAAAAAAGAAAAGAAAAUAAAGAGCCGACGGCACCGAAGCGAAAAUCUACAUUUUUAUCAAUUAACUUAAUUUAUUGCAAUGUCAUAAUUUUGUUUAGUAAUUUAGCAACACCACAUACACAAUAUCAUAUCUAUCUAUAUAUAAAUUUGCUUCCCCAAAUAUGGGUUUCCCAAUUUUCCGCUCUUGCCAUACAAUACGAAUACUAAAUCCACUCACCACAAUGCGAUUUAUCGCAUCACUGAUUUUGAAAAAAAAAAAAAAAUCCCCAUUGUAUCUUAUGUUUAUAUUGGAGAUUUUGAAGACGAACAACGUAUAAUAUUAACUUCAAAUAUUUUUUUUAUAAAAGAGUGGAAAAUAAGAAAAAAAAAGAGUUUGUAUAUAUCUCAAUAUAUAAAUCACAUAUAAGCAUAUAGUAACAGAAAAAACGUUCCUCGUACGUGAAUUUGACUUAAUCAAAAAAAAAAUCGAUUCUAAGUGUAACAAUGCGCAUCUAAUAAUAAUUUUUGUUUCGGUUUUUAAAUGAUGAAUACACACACAUACAACAAUUUUGAGCUUAUAAAUUACAAUUAAAGAAAUGUGUACUUUAGUUCAAUAAAAUGUUAUAGAAAUAUAUUCAAUCCCACAACAGCCAAAAUAAGAAAA